CGACACACACAAUUUGGUCGAACGUGAAGACGGUUUGAUAGCGACUACGAUCCCUCAAUUUCCCAACGCAACACUAUCUCAUCACAAUGGCCACAAACAUCUCUAACGAUCUGGUCUGGCAGAUCACCCGCAACCAGAACAGCUACCUGGUUAAGCGCAACAGCGGCGGUGGCUCCCAGUUCUCCCGGGACCCUUUGAACGUGCUCAACAAGCACUCUUACAAGUACGCCGGCUAUGCCAACAACAAGGCCAUCGGUGUCCAGGGAACCGAGAACGGUGUUGCCGUGACCACCAAGAAGCCCAGCAACCCCCAGCAGCCCGCUAAGAACACCGUCACCGUCACCUACGGCCCCAGCACUGCCACCCGCAAGAUCUACAAGGGUGUUGCCGACAAGACCGCCAAGCACGGCUACCGUGCUGACAUCCGCGAGGAGGCUGUUGCCCGUGUGAGCGCCAUCCGUCGCUCGCAGCUCCCCAAGAAGGAUACUCCCGCCCAGAAGCCCCGUGGCGCCAAGGCCCGCAAGGCUGAGGAGUCGGAGUAAAUGCGUUUCCCUGAAAUGACCUAGAAUUGUGGCAUGUGAAGGAUCUGGAUUGGAUGGGAGACCUGAUAGGCGUAUAUCGCCGUGCUGGACUUGGGAUAGAUCCCAUGUAAUCUAGCAAUCAUGCUCCGGGGCAGAAGAAAGAAGACUGUCCCCAGAGAGAAAACAAAUUCCAAAAAGAACAGUUUUCAAUCGG